AAAAAAGAAAACCGUUGCGUAAAUAUUUGAGAGGAAGAGUGCAAUCAUCAUCUUCCUCGGAUCUUUGGAGUCUCUACAGAAAUGUUGCAAUGCAUAUUCCUUCUCUCCGAUUCCGGAGAGGUGAUUCUAGAGAAACAGCUCACUGGCCACCGCGUCGAUCGCUCCAUAUGUUCCUGGUUCUGGGACCAAUCCAUUUCUCAAGCUCAUUCCUUUAGGCAACUUCCAGUGAUUGCUUCUCCCACACAUUAUCUUUUCCAAGUUUUUCGUGAGGGAAUCACCUUUCUGGCUUGCACCCAAGUUGAGAUGCCACCGUUGAUGGCCAUUGAGUUCCUUUGUAGGGUAGCAGAUGUCCUCAAUGAUUAUCUUGGGGGUUUGAACGAAGACUUGAUCAAAGACAACUUUGUCAUUGUUUAUGAGCUGCUGGAUGAGAUGAUAGACAAUGGAUUCCCACUAACUACGGAACCUAACAUCCUGCAAGAGAUGAUAGCUCCACCAAAUAUUGUUAGUAAAGUCUUGAGUGUUGUCACUGGCACCAGUUCCAAUGUGAGUGACACCCUUCCUGGUGCAUCAGCUUCUGGUGUUCCCUGGAGAACAGCAGAUCCAAAGUAUGCCCAGAAUGAAGUUUAUAUAGAUCUUGCUGAAGAAAUGGAUGCUACAAUAAACAGGGAUGGAGCUCUGAUGAAAUGUGAGGUCUAUGGUCAAGUUAAAGUAAAUUCCCAUAUCAGUGGUCUUCCUGACAUGACACUUUCAUUUACAAAUCCUUCGAUCCUAGAUCAAGUGAGGUUCCAUCCAUGUGUUAGAUUUCGCCAAUGGGAAUCCCAUCAGAUUCUUUCAUUUGUGCCUCCUGAUGGACAAUUUAAACUUAUGAGCUACAGGGUUAGAAAAUUGAAGAGCACCCCAUUAUAUGUAAAGCCACAGUUGACAUCGAAUGGUGGGACAUGCCGUCUUAAUGUAAUGGUUGGUUCAAGAAAUAAUCAUGGAAAGACUAUUGAUUUAGUUACAGUUCAGUUUCAGCUUCCUUCAUGCAUUUUAUCUGCAGAUCUUACCUCAAAUCAUGGAACAGUAAACAUCCUUGCUGACAAGACAUGCAAUUGGAACAUUGGUCGGAUCCCAAAAGAUAAAGCCCCUUCAAUGUCUGGAACGUUGGUGCUUGAGACUGGAUUGGAGCGUCUUCACACCUUCCCCACAUUUAGAGUGGGUUUUAAGAUGAUGGGUGUUGCUCUCUCUGGCCUGAAAAUAGAUAAACUGGAUUUGAAAACUGUUCCUUACCGUUUCUUCAAAGGUUUUCGAGCUGUUAGCCGUGCAGGUGAAUUUGAAGUCAGAUCAUAACCUUGUACUUUCAAUUUAUUUAAGAAUAAACUUUUAGUGCGGUUAGGUUACUCAUCUAAGCAAUAACAUUUGAGUAUGUAGUGCAAAUUUUCCUUGUGUAUUGAGGAUGAGAGGAACAAUAAUAAACUUACAAGAGAAAGUGAAUAUAUAUUAUAUUAUCUUCCUAAGCAGCAAUCU